CAAAGGAUUUAUUACCUUGGACAACUUGGAGGCAGCACUCAAAUAUCAGAAGAGGCCAGAGCACUUUGAAAGAAGCAAGAGAGGAGCACAGAGAACUGUGAACAGAGAUACUUCUGAAUUCUUGAGCCAUUGGACUGCAUCAAGAUGAUGAAAAAAGCCAAGGUUUUAGAUCCAACUGCUGCCGGGCAAGGCGGACUGGAAAUUCUACCUCUCAAGAGACAAGGCAUCAAAAGGAGAUCUAAGGUUCCCGGUGUUAUGAUUACACAGUACAUUGAGGAACUUCCUGAGGGGAUGACAACUCCCGACUUCACGCGUAAACCCAUCGCUUUAACCAUUCAAGAAGGAAAGCUGGCCAUUUUUAAAGCCAAAGUGUCUGGAAACCCAACACCCGUUGUAACCUGGCGUAGAGCUAAAGGAGAAAUGAAGGAUCCCCAAAAGUUUCAGAACAAAUUUGACCCCACAACUGGUGAACACACUUUGGAGAUGCCUAAAGUCACUGGCGAAGAAGCUGACACUUACAAAUGCUACGCCUCAAAUGAAUAUGGGAAGGCCGUUUGCACCGUUGUCCUAAAUGUCAUUGAAGUUGGAUUCAAAAAAAGCAAAGAAAUGCAAAAGGCUGAAGCAGCUGUAACAGAUGACCCAACAGAGUUUAGAAAGAGGCUCAGGAAAGGUGCUGGCAAAAAAGAGGUGAAAAGGGAAGGUGACAUUGACGAGUCAGUUUGGGAAUUGCUGCUGAGUGCUGAAAAGAAAGACUACGAACGCAUUUGCUCCGAGUAUGGCAUCACUGAUUUCCGUGGCAUGCUGAAGAGACUGGUCGAGAUGAAGAAGGAAAGAGAAGAGGAGCAGGCACAGUUCAUCCAACAUCUCAGCAAUCUCAAACCAAUUGAGGUGAAGGGUGAGGAUGCUGCUACCUUUGAACUGGAAAUGGAGCUCAAAGACCCCAACAGUCGCAUCUUUCUGUACAAGGAUGGUGUCAUGAUUCCAUUCAGCAAAGAAGCUGAAGGAGAAAUGAAACACGCUCUAAAACAAGUUGGCAAGAAGUAUAUCUUCACUGUUAAAAACCUCAGUCAAGAAGAUGCCGGAAUUUAUCAAGUGGAUGUUGAGGGUGUCAAUAUCUUUUCAACGGAUUUCAAGAUUCCCCCUGUGGACUUUGCCCUGAAGAUAAAGGAGGUGACGGCCCAAGAGAGAGAGGAUGCCAUCUUUGAGUGUGUCUUAACUCAGCCCCUUAAUGAGAUUGUUUGGACCCUAAAAAAUACACCUCUCUCAAACAAUGACAAAUAUGAGAUUACUUGUUCAGAGGAUAAACUGAUCCACCGUCUGAGAAUCAUUGAUUGUAUGCCUUUGGAUGCUGGAAUCUAUGCUGCUCUAGCAGGCAUUAAGUCUUGCAGUGCUUGGCUGAUUGUAGAAGCCGACAAAGAUCCUGCAUCAAAGGGCAAGAAAAAAUCCCGUAAAACCACUCAGGCAGGCGGUGGCGGAGAUGAAUUGCAGAAGAUUGCUGCUGAGCAGGCCGAGAGAAACAAGAAAGAGAUGGCAGAAGCUUUGGAGGCUGCUAAGAAACUCCAGGCUGAACGAGAGGCAGCAGAAGCAGAAGCCAAAGCCAAAGCUGCAGCUCAAGCCGAAGCAGCAAAAGCGGCUGCACAGGCGGCUGCAGCUACUACGGCCGCAGCUGCUGCUAAAGCUGCAAAGGAUGCUCUUGCUGCAGCUAAAGCCAAAGGUAUGUCUGAGGCAGAAGCUAAAGCCGCAGCAAAUGCAGCAGCACAGGCUGCAGCAGCUAAAGCCAAAGCCCAAGCUGAGGAAGAGGUCAGGAAGCAGGCUGAACUCAAGGCUUUAAGUGAAGGCCUGAGUGCUGAGCAAUCUGCUGCAGCAGGCGCUGCGGCAGCUGCUGCAAUGGCCGCACAGGCAGCUGCUGCGGCAGCAGGGCUUCAGAAGGCUGGAGGUGGAGUUGGAGGUAGUGCUGCAGCGGCGGUAGGAGCGGUGUGGGCUGCAGGAGCUACUGGUGAAGGUGGAGGAGCCGGUGGGGCUGGAGGGGCUGGAGGAGCCGGAGGAGCUGGAGGGGCUGGAGGAGCCGGAGGAGCUGGAGGGGCUGGAGGAGCCGGAGGGGCUGGAGGAGCUGAUGGAGCUGGAGGAGCUGGAGGAGCUGGAGGGGCUGGAGGAGCUGAUGGAGCUGGAGGAGCUGGAGGGGCUGGAGGGGCUGGAGGAGCUGACGGAGCUGGAGGAGCUGGAGGGGCUGGAGGAGCUGACGGAGCUGGAGGAGCUGGAGGAGCUGACGGAGCUGGAGGAGCCGGUGGCGCUGGAGCUGCUGGUGGAGCCGGUGGCGCUGAUGGCUCUGGAGGAAGCGGUGGUGAGGGAGGAGGUGACAAAGAUGGAAAAAAGCGUCAGCGAGCAGGACCUCUUGUACCGGAGACCGUCAUAGGAAACUCAAACACAUCCAGCCCAGUUCCAGAUGUGAGCAGGGAGCAUUGUAAGCAGGAAGGGGAAGCUGCGGGCCGUACCCGUGUAAGAAAAGGCCCACUGUUACCAGACACAGUGAUUGGUGGAGGUAACCCAUCAGAUAAAGAAACCCCAUCAGGGUCUGGCAAACCAUCAGGGUCUGGCAAUCCAUCAGGUUCCAGUAAUCCAUCAGGUUCCGGUAACCCAUCAGGUUCAGGAAACCCGUCAGGUUCUGACAACCCUUCAGGUUCCGAGAACCCAUCCGGGUCCGGUAGCGCAUCAGGUUCUGGGGACCCACCAGGACCCGGAAAGCCACCAGGUCCUGGAGGCCCAACAGGGGGCAGCACUGAAGCUGUAGAGGAAGAAAAAGGUGCUGAAGAUGAAAAGGAUGAGUCAGCUAAAGCUGGAAAGCGUUCAGGCCGUAAAAAACAUGGCUUACAGGUUCCGGAGACAGUUAUUGAUCCUGGUGUUCACUUUGCUGCUGGGCUGGAAGACUGCAAAGCAAUUGUGGGAGAGGCAGCUGAACUGGUCUGCAAACUCAGCAGUGCUGAAUGUAAGGGUGUCUGGUCCAAAGAUGGCAACGAGAUUACUGGCGCCACUGAGGGUAUAACCAUCAGUAAAGACGGAGUCAUUCACAAACUGAAAAUUGCCAAAGUAUCGGAAGAAUUUGCUGGAAAAUAUCGUUUUGAGGCUGAUGGGCGUAAAACCGAAUGUGUGAUUGCAGUUGAAGAUCCACCAAGAUUCAAUGCCAAGGAAAUUGAAGUAUUUGCAAAACCGAUUGUGGUCAAACACAAUCAGAAAGCCACCUUUAAAAUUCCAUUUAUUGGCCGUGAGCCAUGCAAAGUUCAGUGGUAUAAAGAUGGUGAAGAGCUCAUGCCAGACGCUCACUGCAAGAUUGAGAUUUCAGAGGGUGAAAGUCGUCUGCUUCUCACCAAAUUACAGCGUAAAGACACUGGGGAGAUCAAAAUCAAAAUCAAAAAUGAGUUUGGCACAGUGGAAGCCAUUUCUAACCUAGCUGUGCUUGAUAAGCCUACCCCCCCACUUGGACCUCUGGAGAUUGUUGAAGCAACUUCCAACUGCAUCGAGAUCAAGUGGAGACCACCAAAAGACAACGGUGGUUGCCCUAUUAAAAAUUACAUACUUGAGCGCAACCAAAUUGGACGCAACACAUGGAAAAAAUUAGGCCAGAUCCCAGGUGAAGCCCACUAUAAAGACACUGAUGUUGACCAUGGAAGGAGAUACUGCUACCGUAUCAGAGCCCAGACUGAAGAAGGCACCAGUGAACUGAUGGAGACGGAGGAUGUGCAGGCUGGCACUAAAGCAUAUCCUGGUCCGCCGUCUGCUCCUAAAGUAGCCAGUGCCUUCAAAAACUGCAUCAACCUGACAUGGACUCCCCCAACCACCACUGGAGGAACCAAUAUUUUGGGUUAUAACUUAGAGAAACGCAAGAAGGGCAGCAACUUGUGGGGCCAAGUCAAUCCACCAGAGGAGCCAAUCCAAGCAAAGAAAUAUGCUGUAAAAGAUGUAGUUGAAGGAAUGGAGUACGAGUUCCGUGUGUCCGCCAUCAACAUAUCUGGAGCUGGUGAACCAAGUCACCCCUCAGAAUUUGUGUUUGCAAGAGAUCCAAAAAAACCUCCUGGUAAAGUCAUUGACCUUAAAGUGACUGACUCCUCCUACACUACUUUGUCCUUGUCUUGGACUAAACCAAAGGAAAACCCUGGGGUUCAGGAUGAGGCCAAGGGGUACUUUGUUGAUAUCAGGCCUGCUGAGAACCCAGAGUGGGAUCGAUGCAACUCAAAUGCCAUCAUCAUGAACUCCUACACUGUAAAGGGAAUGAAAUCAAUGGCCAUGUAUUGGGUUAGAGUGAUCGCCGUCAAUGAAGGUGGAGAGGGAGAGCCACAAGAGCUGGACAACUACAUUUUGGCUAUGCCUCCUCCAGUGAGACCAAGAUUCACAGAUACUAAGAUCAAGAGUUUCAUGGUGGUCAGAGCUGGAAAUUCUGCACGAUUCAACAUCAACUUUGAGGCUUCCCCUUGGCCUGAUGUCAUCUGGCUUAAAGAUGGCGUUCCUGUGUCCAAACGUGUCACUAUUAGUAAUGCUGAGGGAGGCUCUCAGAUCCUGAUCCCAUCUGCAGAGCGUUCCGAUACAGGAAUCUAUACCAUCGUAGUCAAGAACAUUGUGGGGCAAGAGACCUUCAGUAUUGAGAUUAGAGUUACAGACGAGCCAAAGCCCCCAGGUCCCGUAGAGUUGGAUGAGAAUGUUCCGGGCACAGUGACAGUUUCCUGGGAACCAUCCCCAGAUGAGAAACGCGAUGAUCGCCUGCAUUACACGGUGAGCAAGAGAGACUCCAGCAAGAGGACCUGGCACACUGUAGCAGACCGUAUCUUCAACAACCGUUUCACAGCCUGUAACAUCAUGCCAGGGAGAGAAUACCAGUUCCGUGUGUACUCCAAAAAUGACAUUGGCCUGUCUGUCCAUUCGGAGUCACCAAAAUGGCUAAUCACAUGCAAGAAAGAAAAAUUCAAGCUGAACAUCCCAGAGUCCAAGACCUGCAACUUAGAGAGGCCUCCGAAGUUUAUGGUCCCCCUGAAAAUCCACACGGCCCCACAAGGCUACGAGUGCUACAUGAGCUGUGCCGUGAGGGGCGAUCCCGCUCCCCACAUCACCUGGUACCGCGACAACGUCAGCCUCAACACUAACACCAAUUACUUAAUAACUAACACCUGCGGAGUGUGCUCCCUGCUCAUUCUCAGGGUUGGACCCAAAGACAUGGGAGAGUAUAAAAUCAUCGCCGAGAACCCGCUGGGGAGAGCAGAGUGCUCUACCAAUCUCACAGUGAGAGAAUAAAACUAUGGCGAGUGGAAGAUGUCAAAACUUACAUCUUGCAAAUCAUCAUGUUGUUUUCUGGAUUUUAGGCCCUUUGUAGAACAACAGCAUUGAAUAUUUUUGGAGAAAGAUGUGGCUUGUGGAAACGCUAUGCCCUGCGUGUUCUUAUUAGACAAAUAAUGAUAGAAUCAAAUGCAUGUGGUAAAACUACAUAUAGUCUUAUUGUGUUUAAUAGCACAAAAACCUAAAACUCUAUGUGUUGUGCUUCUUGGAUGGCUGAUGCUUAAUACUCCAUACUGUCCUAGUCCUGUUUGACAAUGAUUUUACUUCAGCUUAGCUCAGGUUUGGGGGGGGGGGGGGGUUAUUUUUCUUGUAUGCUAUUUAAUUUAUUAAUUUAUUUAUUCUUUUCUUUUGUGUAUGUUCCCUGCUCUUUCACAAAUUCAAUUACACUGUAUUACAGUAAAAAAAAAAAAAAAAAAAGUCCUUUUUUUGCUUGUAUGGAAAUGCUAAAAUGUAAAAGAAGCUUUUGCUUCUCAGAUAUGCUCUAUCAACAAAAAUGGUUUGGUGUAAAUAAAUAAAAUAUUCAGGUUCUUUGAACAGUG